GGUGGCACAAUGCAUGAUGUUGGACGCUUCGGCGCGUUGGCUUGCCUUCAGUCUACGUGUCCAAGAACUUGAUUGAGCGUCGCUCCAAGGCACAAAAUUUAUCUCUGGCUGGCAUAUGUACUUCUGAAGGCCUCUCCGUUGUUCGGAAGGGAUUUCAUUGAACUCGAACGCCAAGAUAUGGGCGCUAUUUCUAAGCGCCUGUGUACUAGCCCGGAAAAGGCAGGUCAGUACAACCAGACUGGAUACCGUCGUUACUGCGAAACGUGUUCGGCCAAAGGCAUUGGCAUCCCAUAAGGUACACGCACUGAUGCUGUGCCGGACAAAGAGAAGAAAUGACGUCUCGAGGACAAAGAAGACUUCGAGGAUAUAAACCCAGAGCUCCAGAUUUUUCCACUCACUUCCAACUCUCGAUUCCGCGCCACUGAAUACCUCGCUCAGCAUUUCCCUACUUUCGAUCCAUAUGUCGUCUACUCCUGGCAUGUCCUCGCUCAAGAACAAUGCUGUGGAUGCGGAGGCUUCGCAUCCUCAGCAUUGUUCUUACCACCACCAUGGCCACACGGGCAACAUUGGAGGCUACGAUUACAACGAAUCUUAUGGAGGUUCCACACAUCAGAUGUAUCCUAGGGACUCUGAGGAUGUGGCUGGGCCGAGCACAGCUCAGAUGACAGGUACCCCGCUGCGGGACAACCCCAUUGACCUCACGAAUGAAGCCGCAGCUCCACGUCACGGUCAAAAAUCGGCUUCAGUCAAAUCAGCGCGCAACAAGACAAGAACGAAACCAGCCGAACGGACAGACAAGAAGCGAAAGAGGGAAGAAACUGAAGAGGAUGCUGCACCACGAUUAAGACGGCCAAGGGGUACGCCAGCCCGAACUCCCUCCAGGCCUCCAACGACGGCCAACCCUCCGACGGCGUCCCUUCGGCCUGAUGAACCAUCUAAUAUCCAUCCUGAACAUGCGCAUAUGAACUCUGUGCCGGACCCGUAUAUCCUGAAAGCAGCAUUUGAAGCCGAGCGGCGUCGGAUCACGAAGAACAUUACUAAUUGGAUGUUGGAGGAUCCGGACUUCUAUCGAGCUAUGUUUCGAUCCGCCAUCCUGUAUAGAGAAGGCUCGUUGCGCUAUGGUCUUCACUGGCGAAAUCCAAUGCCUCCCCCAAGCCAUAACUCUGUUUCGAUGGCGCCGAACGCUGCUGCUCCAGGAUUAAAUACUCACGCCCACGCCAACCAGAGUGUUCCCGCACCAAUGUACGUACCAUCCGACGCGCCUCCCCCGUGGAGGGUGCAUCGACGUUUCCCUCCUGAAGAAGACCCUCGACUUCAACCCCAAGUAUACCCACAACCUCACUUGAAUUACCAAUCGCAACCAUAUCAUCAGCCCUGCUCUCGUACACAGCCUCAGAUGAACAUGCCUGCCCCUCCUCAAAUGGCACAGUAUCCCCAAAUGGCGCCCACUUUCCCAGUCAACCCCUCCACUCCGGCCAUGUUAAAUAGCUAUACUCUUGGCAUGCCUUCUACUGUCAUCGCACCUCCCGCCGUCGCACCUCAUACUAGUGCCGAGCUUGACACUCCGUUUGCUACUGGCACACCAGGCCCUGCACAGGCUGCUCCUAUGCCCAUGCGAGCGACGGCUCCCUGGUCCUCGCCUCCUACGAGCUCGACUAGAGAUCAGAUAGCUUUGCCGAAGUUGAUAGUAUCACCAUCCAACUCUGGGACACUAUCAAGUGGAUCCACUGCUCCUCAUACUCCGCCAGAACAAGGGAACAGUGGACCAGUCCCUACGCCGACGACCCAGCCGGAUAUGCAGUCUACGAGCAGUGUAUUUGGAGGUUCUGACGAGGCUUUUGAUUCCAGUUGGGCCUCCAACGAUGACGCGGCGGAAAUGCUUAAGGCCUUCCUAGAGUUUCAACCUCAGAGCGAAGCGGAAUCAAGCUCCACGUUGGAUUUGAGUCUAUUCUAGAUAUUUUGGUACCCACCGCAAUGUUUCCCAUUUCCCUACCCUGUACACUUACUGUAGCUUAUCGUAUAAUCAGACAUAGAUGU